AUGUGGCAACUUGUAACUCGGAAAAAUCCAUAUCCUAAAUUUACUGAUGGAAUUGGAAUCCUUCGUACACCAGAUUUAAGUGGGCUACCUUUUGAAUAUGAAGAUAACAUGAAAAAAUGUUUGGAUUCUAAUCCUAAGCAACGCCCAGAUGCACGAGUAUUAUUUAAUCAUUUUGAUAAGAUGCUUGGACAAAAUGAAAAUG